AUCGGCCAAAGCCCGAGCCCCGCGAGGUGACCCCUGUGCCAGCCGUGAACUGGGUCGAACUGCAAGUUAUUGUUCUCCGGGAGCCGAGAGCCGAGGAGGCACGCGCGUAGAGUUGUUGUUGUGUAGAUGAGACAGGAAGAUGCCGCGUGUGGCAGGGGUCUGCAUUCCGGCGUUGUUGGUGCUGCACGUUGUUGAAGACGUUGUCAGCAACGUCUGUACCGGUGGCGACGUGAACGGCUGUACUGUAAAUCUCCCCCUUGGACUGUACAAGAAGAGUUUUACCCCGUCCUGCAACAAACACGAUGUUUGCUAUAUGUGUGGUUCAAAGUUCGGCAAAUCCCGAUCAUGGUGCGACUGGAAGUUCCUGGAAAACAUGUUGAGCACGUGCAGCACUUGGGACGUCAUGUGUCAUGGACAUGCGCACUGCUACUUUAUGGCGGUUCUGGUGUUCGGUGCCUUAUUUUACAAUGACAGUCCAGUAAAAUGGUGUGACGAUUCCUGGAUCGAGCCUUGUAUAUGAAUGCACAAUAAAUAAUUCUUAU